AUGUGGAAUUCCUUCCUCCUACCUCCUUUUACACCUCUCUACCUUCUCUUCUUCUUGCUGCACCACCUUAUCUGCACCGUCUCCGUUGAAUCGUCGUCUCCUUACACACCCAUCAACCAAAUUCUCCUCAAUUGUGGCUCCUCUGGCAAUUCAACUGCCUUAGAUGGUCGGACCUGGGUUGGAGACGCGAAUUCAAAAUUCCUCCCUCUUGAACAAUCGCUGAACAAUCACGCAUCUCUGACCCGUAUCGCAGCUAGACAAUCCCCCACUGCUGCCCAAGUGCCCUUUGCCACUGCUCGCAUCUCUCUUUCCACGUUCACAUACGAUUUCCCCGUCACGGCCGGCCAAAAGUUCAUUCGACUGUACUUUUACCCAGCUUCGUACUCCGACUUUGAUCGCUCUAAAGCCCUCUUCUCCGUCAAAGCUGGUCUUUUUAUUCUUCUUAGCAACUUCAACGCUUCACUCACAGCAGAUGCUGAUGGGGAUCCGGGCGAUACCAUAUUCAGAGAAUACUGUGUCAACAUUGAGGAAGAUCAGAGGUUGAACAUAACCUUCACUCCAUCUCCGACCGUGUCUGAUUCCUAUGCUUUUAUCAACGGAAUUGAAAUCUUUUCGAUGCCUCCAAAUCUCUAUUACACUCCGGCGGACAAUCAAGGAUUUUCUUUUGUCGGCCAGCACAACCUGUACAGCAUCAAGAACAGCACUGCUCUCGAGACAGUAUACAGAUUCAAUGUUGGAGGGCGCUCCAUCUCACCCACUGAAGACACCGGAAUGUUCCGGGGUUGGAGCCAGGACGACAAGUACUUGAAAGAAUAUGACGUGUUUUUUCUACCUCUCAACGACACCAUCAAUCUAAGCUUUACCACAGUACCUGCGUACGCUGCACCAGAAUAUGUCUAUCGGACUGCCCGAACUCUGGGGAACGACACGGAUAUCAACCUGAGCUACAAUCUGACCUGGGAAUUCCCCGUUGAUUCUGGUUUUUAUUAUUUCAUAAGGCUACACUUUUGCGAGUUUCAGCCAGAGAUUGUCUGGAGUGGAGACAGAAGGUUCCGUAUUUUCAUAGCAAAUCAAACCGCUGAGAAAGAUGCCGACGUGAUUCGCUGGAGUGGUGGAAAUGGCGUGCCCGUAUAUAAAGACUACGCCGUUGCGAUGUUCGCUAAAGAAAGAGACAAGAAGGUGAACCUCUACAUUGCUAUAGGAGCAGAACCGCGGAGGUGGAUGACUUCUUACCAAGAUGCAAUCAUUAACGGCAUCGAAAUCUUCAAAGUAAGCGACCCUUCCAACGGCAAUCUCGCCGGACCCAACCCAGACCCAAUUCUGGUGACCCCUCCGACGAUUGAGCCACCAAAACAAUCGACGAACUCGAAGAACAGUAGAAGAACGACCAUUUUCGUUGCUGUUGGUGGAGUAACUGGAUUAAUAUUGGCUUCGGUUCUCGGGUUCUUGAUUUUCCGGACGGCUAAGAAGGAGAAGAAUUCGUUCUCCACCGAUUGGACAACUUGGUGGGGUCCGUUUUCGCUCUCGACGACCAAGUCAACAAAGACUUGCAGAUCGUCUCUGUCGGUAGCUCUGAGUCGUAGGAUUUAUUGUGCCGUGGAAUCCCAAAUUCAGGACAAUCAGGAGGUAGAAGAGAGUCAAGGACUCCGACCCUACUGA